AUGGAAGAAAUGACUUCUGUGUCGCAAGACGCGCGCGAACACGACGCAGCUGCAUGUUUGCAGCGCAUGGUUCGUUGUCGUCAAGCGCGAAAGCGAUUGCAUCAUUUAGUGACUUUCGUCUUUGAGAAAUAUUAUGAUGCUGACUCGGGACAAGAGUACUAUCUUGAUAAACGCACAGGUGAGACGACAUGGGAGAAGCCUCGUUCACUUUAUAACGGACAGGAUAUUGAAGUGACGGCAAUUUACCAAAGUCACGAUGAAGUAAGCAGUACUCUUCUUGAAGAAGUAAAGGACACAAGUGAACAAGACAUAAUUGAAGGAACACAAGGUGACGACGCUCGAGGUUUUACGACACAAGAGCUGGCAAUAGCUCGGGAACAGUUUGCGCACUACGAUACAGACUCAAGUGCAUCCCUCUCGGCUUCUGAGCUCCACCAGCUUUUGACUCAUCUCGGCGAAGAGCUCACAUUAGCCAACGUUCGAGAUCUCAUGAAAGCAGUGGGUACAGAUCAAAGUGGCGAAGUGACUUUUGAUGCUUUCCUCCAUAUGCUACGGACACAACAUGACAAGAAUCCGUACUCAGUUUCCUUAGAGCUUGCUCUUCUCUUUGGACCAAAGGAACUAGCACAACUCAAGCAACAAUUUCAAAUUCUUGACAGCGACGGCAGUGGGUCAAUCGAUGAAAUGGAGCUGCAACAGAUAAUCAAGAAAUUCGGUCGACAAAGUAUUGACUUUGAUGUAUCAGCCAUGCUGCGUGAAGUGGACAAGGACAAAAGUGGUAAAAUCGAGUUUAAUGAAUUCCUUUACAUUGUAGCGUCAAUGACUAGAAGUGAUGCUUCCGAUUCAAAAUCUUCGUUUGCUGCACUCUUGGAUCUUGGCAUUACUCAAGGCAUUCUUAAAGGAUUGGAUGACGUUGUCCACGCUUCACGUCAAAAGUUUUACGAUUGGCUCAAUGCUGACCAAAUUGCCGAGCAAAAACGAAGGGACGACCAGCGCGAGCGUCAAAAACGUCGCGAACUUAGCAAGCAGCAGCAACUAGCCACAGAUCGAGCCAUCUAUGCAAAGCAUCAGGCAGAAGUCGCUGCAAUAGAACGAGCGCGUCUUGCUCCAGUCGAGGGACUUAAGAUUCUUGUUGAUUUUCAAGGAGAUGGAUGUAAUUUUCCACUUGUUGGUCAAUUCGCACGUGUUCACUAUGUUGCGACGUUUCUAGAUACGGGGAAAGUUUUUGAGUCGACUCGAAAGCGAUGUGGUAGUGCGCUCGAACUUUGCGUGGGUGUGGGCCACCUGAUUCUAGGUUUUGAUUUGGCACUGCAACGAAUGAGUGUUGGAGAGACGGCGCAAGUCACAAUCGGUCCGGCCUUGGCUUACGGUGUCAAAGGCCAACCACCUUGUAUUCCCCCCAACGCUGCUCUUGUCUUUCGUAUUGAACUCAUUAGUAUUAAGGAAAAACUUGUUACGACUAAUGUGACGCCACUGACACCUGUACAACGAAUACGGAAAAUCUAA